AUGUUCCCGGGUUUGAGGGCGGAGGUGAGUGAGAUCCUCGCCCCGGAUUUUGCUAACUUGCAAGUCCUACAUGAAGCAUUGGAUCAACCCGGAGGGAUUGUUUCGAUCGCUGACUAUGUUGCGGCGCGCCUGGGUGAAGCACAGAUGCUGAUCGCACAUGAUCUCAGGCAAUUCAAGGAGCAUACCAGCCGGGACAUGGAGAGAGAACGGCGGCUGCUCUUCAAGCGCCUGGUGCGGCCGAGGCUGGAGGUGAACGAGGUGCAGGCUGAAGAUCUGCAAGGCACUUUCACGAGCUUGCUGAAAAAGGAGACCAUGCCAAUGAGGCAAGUUCACAAGACGCGCUUGAGCCAAAACCUGACCCUAGAGGUCGGCAACCCGCUGCAAGUCGCCGAAGAGGAGCGGGUGCGAUGGGCUCUGACCCUCUCACAAUACAUCAUUGAGGCCAAGCUGCCGGUGCUGGAAAUGAUCCAGGAAUCCGACGACCAGCAGAAGAGUUGGGCUCGCAUCUUUGGGAGCAGAAGGGCAAAGACCUUGAGAAACAGAGCCACAACUUGGAAACGUUACUACAUCUGGUUGCUUCUCAACCGAUGCCGAUCCUGGCCGACGAAGGUGCCGGAUGUAGUGGACUACUUGGAGGGCCGGAUUGCCGAUGGAUGCGGACCGACGGCGCCGCAGAGUUUGAUGGGGGCGCUAGCGCUCUUAGAGACGGUUGGCCGUGUGGACGACCGGAUCAAGCUGUCAAAAGACAGAACUUUGCUGGAUGUGGUGAAGAACAUGCAGAUGGAACUACAGGGAGACGCGGCGGAUGAUGUCCAAUGGAUUGAUCCAUCCCGUAUGCAUCUCAACGGAACCUGUGUGCGGAUGAUCCUCCGGCGCACCAAGACGACGGGGCCUGGAAGGAGGGCCGUGGAGGUGCCAGCUUACGUGGCGCGGGAUGCGUCUUUGGCAGGAGAGGACUGGCUUGGUCAGGGAUGGGAGUUGUACCAUUCAGGAGCUUUCAAGGAUGACCGGGACUACUUCCUGCCGGCGCCCAAUAAGGAUUGGUCAGGUGGGGCGAAGAAGUACCUGAACAUGCAAAAUCUGAACAGCUACAUGCGGUACGUGCUUUGCCUUGUGAAAAAACCCUUGAGGGGCGGACAAAAUGCCCGAUCUUGGAAUGAGAGUGGUGAGCUCCUGAUCUCAGGGGAGAUUACCAACUUCUGGAGCGGGCACAGCGGCAGACACUGGCUCCCCACGCAUGCUGCAAACAUCGGCAUCCCGAAAGAGCAGCGGGACUACCUGGGAAGAUGGCAAGCUGGGGCGCAAGAGUCCAAUGCUUACGUCCUCAGCGCCAAGCAGAUAGUCACAGCCAUCCAAAGAGAGGUCAACCAAGCCAUCUGUGAGGGGCAUGUUGGGCUCACAGAAGGGGAGCUCAUUGGAGAGCUCAAAAACUACGCAGAAGAGCGUGGAGUCCAUCAGCGCGAUGGCCGUUGGUUUCAUGUGAUGGUCAGGAUGCAAGGCCAUAGGUAUGGCUUGGGAACAUCGUAUCCUACGCUGGAGAUGCUGAUGGAGGAUGACGAGUUGGAAGAGAUGGUGGCUGGUUGGGCCCAAACGGUUCCCACAGAAGAGAGCUCAAAGAAAAAGGGGCCGAAGGACCCUAUCGCAGAGAAACCCUACUGGAUUUCCACCUCCAGAAGAACGGGGUUCCGGAGACUCCACAAGAAGAGCUGUGCAUGUGGUGUCAUGUACUGGACGGUGGCCUCUUGUGAAGAGGUGGAACAGGUGCCAAAGGCUGGAGUAGACGCCUGGUGCCGUGUGUGCUUCAGGGCGGAACUGGACGAACAAGAGGAGGAUGACUCCAGCACGUCGGGAAGCUCCACCAGCACGGAGGAAGAACGCUGA